AUGAAGUACUCAAUCGCCCUUCUCGCUGCCGUCAGCGCUGCUGUCGCUCAGGACACCAGUGCUCUUCCAGGCUGCGGUCAAACCUGUAUCGGCAACAUGGUCAACAUUGCUAUCUCUCAGUUCGGCUGUGCCUCUGGCGACCUCAACUGCUACUGCAGCAAGAUCGACUUUGGCUACGGCGUCCGUGACUGCUCUCUCGAGUCCUGUGGCUCUGACUCGGUCGCUCAGCAAGUCAUCGCCUACGGAACAAACUAUUGCUCCCAGGUCCUUGCUUCUGCAGGUGACGGCGCUGCCUCCAUCACUCUCCCCGGUCUCAGUGUCCUCUCUUCGGCUGCUCAACAGACUGGUGGUGAAGGUAGCCCUGCAAGCACCCCGGUCACCACCUCACCUCUCGAGACCACCAUCACCUCUGACGGCCAGACAAUCGUUCAAACCACUGGUCUCGUCACCCUCUACGGUGCUGUUGGUGGUGCGCAGACCACUGGCACUGACGUCUCUGGUGCUCUCUCGUCGGCCCUGAGCGAGGCCACUGGUGCUGUCUCUUCUGCUCUGAGCGAUGCUUCUGGUGCCGUCUCCUCGGUCUUGAGCGAUGCCUCUGGUGCCGUUUCUUCUGCCCUCAGCGAUGCCUCCUCAAUUGCCAACUCGGCUACUGGUGGUGCUCCAACCGACAGCCAAGGUGCUGGCCCAAUGAUCACCGCUGCCCCCGUUCUCGCUGGCGCUGGUCUUGCUGCUAUGCUCUUCAUCUAA